CCGAAAUUCUCAAAUUAUAGUUAUUAGAGCUUGUUUAUAAAAGUCGGUACGAAUGUUGAAUACGGGAUACCAGUUCGGUCAAGGAAGUCAUUCGAAGCGUACACAAUGAGGUUGAUGGGACUUUUACUGUUCAUAUUUUUGAACGUUCCAGUAAACGAAAAUAAAAUGCUGCCUAUUUACUACGAAACAGAAGCCCCCGUCGUGGAUAAAGAUCCGGUGACAGCGAAUAUAAAUGACUCACAAGAAUCUAAUGUCAAAACCAUAGAAAGACCUUUCGAUGAGGGAGACAGUAAGGAAUAUAUGCCUAAAUACGAUAAAGGUACAAUCCAAGAAGUUAAAAAGCCUUGCGCUAUAGUUGUGCUAUCUAAUAUUCAAAACCCGAGCAUGCAGUCGCUGUUACGAAAGUACAGAUACGAUUCAAAUGGCAUGCUUAUACCUGGCAGCGUGAAAUACUUCAUUAAGUUACCUAAGGGAUUGAAUUCUCCAUCGGUUCUCUUGCCUCUGAACGAUAAAGCGUUUUCGCCACUGGGAGGUUUUGUAAGAUACUAUAAGGAAGUUCCACCGAUCCCACAAGCCUGGUAAAUAACUUUAUGAUAUUCAUCACAAAGAGAAAUUAUGUUGAUGUAUAACCAGUAUUAGUCAACUAUAUUUGCUGUAAUCGCCGUCAUAUAGUAUGUAUUAAAGAAUAAUAUUAAUAAAUAUUGUUUAUCCUACCUGAACUGAUAAAAUAUAAUUAAGCCAAAUGUGAAACAUAAUCUUAUCGAACCAAUCGCUCAACUGGACGGUCGCCAAGAAUCCUGAGAGAACACGUGAAGGAAGCCAAACAAAGCUGCACCUGAUUGCACAUGUCUCCCAAACAAUAACACAUCUGACCUAAUCUAGGAAUAAAAGUCAAAUUUGUUUGCUUAUACAGCAAAACUACAUUUAUAACUAAAACAAUCUAUAUCCUACUAAUAUUAUUAAUGCAAAAGAUUGGGAGAAUGUAUAGAUGUUUGUUGCUCUUUCAUGUAAAAACAACUGAACGAUUUUUGUUACAACUUUCCGAAUAUAACUGAGAUAUGGAUAUGAACAAAGGGUAUUAACUUAUUCAGAGUUUACGUUUAGUUUCUUGA